UUCGAUCACAGGAUUCGCAGCAAAGAUGACAGCAGACGAGGCUAAGGAACUUUUGAAGUUGGAUGCAGUUGUGUCUGAAACAAGAGAAGAUUUUCUCGUUGCACACGACUCACUCACCUUCCUUCUUGAACUUGAACCCUGGGGUGGGGUUGUGGAAAGACUCCCACUUUGGGCAAGGCGUGAUCAUUGGAGUCCUCGACACAGGAAUAACACCGGGUCAUCCUUCAUUCGACGACGAAGGAAUGUCCUCUCCCCCUGCUAAAUGGAAAGGCAAGUGUACUUUCAAUGCCACUUCCUGUAAUAACAAGCUCAUCGGCGCAAGGAAUUUCGUGACCUCUACUUUGCCACCAACCGAUGAGGAUGGACACGGCACCCACACUUCCAGCACGGCAGCGGGAACUUUUGUAAAGAAUGCCAAUGUCCUGGGACAAGCCCUUGGCACUGCCAUCGGGGUGGCACCUCAUGCCCACCUGGCUAUGUACCAGGUGUGCUCCGAUGUGGGCUGCCCUGAGAGCAGCAUUCUGGCCGCCAUGGAUGCUGCUAUCAAGGACGGUGUCAAUGUGCUCUCCCUCUCUCUUGGUGGCGGUUCCACUCCAUUCUAUGCUGACUCGAUCGCUGUCGGGGCAUUUUCUGCGAUUCGAAAGGGAAUCUUUGUGAGCUGCUCAGCUGGUAAUAGUGGCCCGAUCAACACUUCCUUGUCGAACGAGGCUCCCUGGAUUCUCACUGUAGGAGCAAGCACUAUUGAUAGGACCGUAAAAGCUACCGGUAAGCUAGGAAAUGGCACAGAGUACAAUGGCGAAUCCCUUUUCCAGCCCAAGAUCUUGUGUGAGAGAUGUGGAGGAAUCGCAAGAAUUGCCAAAGGGCAAGAAGUGAAGGAUGCCGGUGGUGCUGCCAUGAUUCUGAUGAACGACGAACUCAAUGGCUACAGCACUGACGCCACCAAUCCGACCGCCACCAUUUUGUUCAAAGGAACAAUUAUUGGGAAUUCCGAUGCACCAGCAGUGACAUCGUUCUCUUCCAGGGGCCCCAGCUUUGAGAGCCCAGGAAUCCUGAAACCCGACAUAAUUGGCCCAGGAGUCAGCAUCCUAGCAGCCUGGCCAUUCUCUCUCGAUAACAGCUCGACUACCAAAGUGACCUUCAACAUCAUCUCUGGAACCUCCAUGUCGUGCCCUCAUCUCAGUGGCAUUGCCGCUCUGCUGAAGAGCUCUCACCUUGAUUGGUCGCCUGCUGCCAUAAAAUCCGCAAACAUGACCACUGCAUAUCAAAUAAACCUUGGAAGUAAGCCAAUUGUCGAUGAAACCCUUCUUCCAGCUGACAUCUUCGCCACAGGCGCAGGCCAUGUGAAUCCACCCAAAGCAGACGAUCCAGGCCUUAUUUACGACAUCAAGCCCGACAACUACAUCCCUUAUUUAUGUGGUUUGGGAUACAACGAUUCUGAAAGAAACAUCACACAGGAAAAGGCCAAAUGCUCACAAUUAAAAAGCAUACCUGAAGCACAGCUGAAUUACCCAUCCUUCAGCAUAAUACUGGGCUCUAGCGCCCAGAACUAUUCUAGGACAGUUACAAAUGUCGGGCCCACUGACUCCUCGUACACAUACAAGGUUGAUGCACCGGAAGGUGUCGAUGUCACGGUGUAUCCUUCUGAGAUCAAGUUCAGUAUGGCAGUGCAAAUGGCCACGUAUACUGUGGGGUUCCGCAGAAGUUCUGGUGGGAGCGUUACUAAGCCAUUUGCUCAAGGAUCCCUGACAUGGGUUUCUUCAGAUCACUCCGUGAGAAGUCCCAUUGCUGUUGUUUUUAAAUGAAAUGCUCAUCCUGUUGCCAGACUCGCAAGAUAGAGAAUGAGUCUCCGGAUAUAGGAACAGGUGGUGGUGCAAGGUCAAGAACUUAUGUUUCGCUCUAUAAAAUAAUAAAAGAUACGUUCGUCAGCCUCUUUUAGCUGCCUGUUUUUCUGUUUCCUUUUUCCUUCUCUGCAGCUCGA